AGCUUUGACGUGUUUACCGGGCAAGAGUAUCCCUGUGACGUGCUGGCUCGUCAGUGUCUUCUUUAACUGCAGUACAGCCGGCCGGACACUAUGAAGCGUGCAGUCGCCAUUCUGUGCAUGGUCGCUUCGGCAACGAGCGGUGUGCUGUCGGUGCCCCGGGCCCAAGCUUCGUACAGAAGUGUUCAAGAGCGUAUAGGGCAGCUAGCAGAGGGGUUCAACGCUCUUCAAGAUUCCUUCCAACCUCGACACUGCGCAGACCUCCUUCACAACGGCCAAAACACUAGCGGUGUGUACACCGUGUUCCAUGAGGCCACUGGCCCUUCAAGACAGAAUGUAUACUGCGACAUGGACACUGACGGCGGAGGUUGGACAGCGAGAAGUUUCUCCCACGUUUAAGCAGCGCCUUGGACCCUGGCCCGCACUGGUCACGAAAUGGCAGGCUACAUAACUUUCAUCUGUGCCGCCGUCGCCGUUGUAGUCACAACGGUGCAGUCGGCAGCAGUCGGAAGACCCUCUAUUGAACAGGCCAAGGAUCGUGUGCGGGAACUGGCACAGUUACUCGGUGACAUAAGAUCCGCAAUUCAGCCUCGCCACUGCACCGAUAUCUUACACGCUGGUCAGCGCUCCAGCGGAGUCUACAGCGUGUUCCACAAGGCUGCUGGACCGCUGGGUCAGCGAGUCUACUGUGAUAUGGAGACGGAUGGCGGAGGCUGGACGGUGAUUCAGAGGAGAGGCCAGUUUGGCAACAGUGUGUAUCUCUUCUACCGAAACUGGACAGAGUACGCGAAUGGAUUUGGAAAUGCAAGUGAGGAAUAUUGGAUCGGGAACAAGGCGCUGCACGCGCUGACGUCAGACGACGAGGCGAUUACCCUGCGCGUCGUGCUGAGCAACAGAACUGGAGACAGCGUGUUCGUGGACUACGAGAGCUUUCGUGUUGAGAACGAAGGGAACCUCUUCAAGUUGCGACUCGGAAAGCUGUUGGGACCAGAAGGCUGGGACGCACUGGCCGACGGCAACGAUCAGAAUUUCUCCACCUUCGAUAGAGACAACGACGGGGCGCUGUCUGACAAAUGCGCUGUCCAGUACCGCGGUGGCUGGUGGUACAACACGUGCCACCUCGCCAACCUGAAUGGCCUUAAUCUGAACGGACCGCAUGACAGCUACGCCGACGGCAUUGAGUGGAGCACUCGGGGAUACCCCACACGCCUUUACCAUUACUCGUUCCCCAGUGUGCGCAUGAUGAUACGACCGGCUGGCUCACUCUUAGACCGCUGAAGCAAGGUGGACGCUCCAAAUCCUGUGUGAAGACGGGAGCAAUAGCAGGGAAAAAUGGCAAUUAGGUUGCAAAAAAGUGAAGCAAGAAAGAAAGCUCGUCGCAGCCAGUGAAGCCUGAACAAAUUGUGAGGACUGCGUUUUUUUUUUUUUCGGUGCCGGCGCUUGACGAGGAGGAGCUCAUUGCAGCGUCCGUGGUGAACCAUGCUCACUGGACCCGACAGUGGAAAGCUCUACGACUACCCCCUUUUUUGUGUCUGCAGCAUUUGACGGUAACAUCCCCCCCCCCCCCCCCUCCCAGAGUGUUCGAUUAAAAGCGUCUGUGUUCGUAUUCCAUGGACCUACAGAUACGCCGUAAUUCUGCAGGAAAGAUGCAUUGGCUUUUUGCGGAAAUAAACUAACUCUUCAGCUAA